AUGUCUUCCAAGUCUGCCAACAAGUCUUCUCCGGAGUUUACCUCCUACUACCUUCAACGCACAACACAAGAGCUCUCAGAGGAUCUUGACAAAGUUCGCAACGCAGAGGACUUCAAGGCCGAUUCCAUCCCUUUCCUUAUUCACGCUCUGCAACAAGGUGCGGGGCUUUUCUCUCCUGAGGACCAGAAGAGAGUGGUUGCUAUCAUUUCGGUCCACUACAAUGAACGCACGAUGGCAUUUCAUAUCCGCUCCUUUGCAAUAAGUGGACUCUUGAGAGCCAUUCUUCACCACUUCCUACGAGACAAGGACAUGUCAGAUCACAAGGAUGGCGUUUUUCUUUGCAGAUAG